GCCGGGCCAGGGGGCGCCUCGCGCUGCCGCGCCUGGAAAGGACGAUGCAGUGAGGCGGGCUCGACUGGCGGGCGUGCGCGGAGCGGGGGCCGCGGGCGCGCUGCAGAGAUGUGACUCGGGCCCAGGGCCAGCAGGAGCGUCGGCGCUGCGGGGCCGCGAGGGUCGAACGUCCCUGGUGUCAGAGAGAAAGAUGAGAACCCAUCAAGUGUUCCCCUUGCCCCUGCUCCUGGUGAUUGCCUCGGUCGCUUCAGAGAACGCCAGCACAUCCCGGGGCUGUGGGCUGGACCUUCUUCCUCAGUACGUGUCCCUGUGCGACCUGGACGCCAUCUGGGGCAUCGUGGUGGAGGCAGUGGCCGGGGCGGGGGCCCUGAUCACACUGCUCCUGAUGCUCAUCCUCCUGGUGAGACUGCCCUUCAUCAAGGACAAGGAAAAGAGGAGGCCCGUGUGCCUCCACUUCCUCUUCCUGCUGGGGACCCUGGGCCUCUUUGGGCUGACGUUCGCCUUCAUCAUCCGGAUGGACGAGACAAUCUGCUCCAUCCGCCGCUUCCUCUGGGGUGUCCUCUUCGCGCUCUGCUUUUCCUGUCUGCUGAGCCAGGCAUGGCGGGUGCGGAGGCUGGUGUGCCAGGGCACAAGCCCAGCCGGCUGGCAGCUGGUGAGCCUGGCGCUGUGCCUGAUGCUGGUGCAGGUCAUCAUUGCCACCGAGUGGCUGGUGCUGACCGUGCUGCGUGACACGAAGCCAGCCUGCGCCUAUGAGCCCAUGGAUUUUGUGAUGGCGCUCAUCUAUGACAUGGUGCUGCUGGUCAUCACCCUGGCGCAGUCCCUCUUCACGCUGUGUGGCAAGUUCAGUCGGUGGAAGGUGAACGGAGCCUUCAUCCUCAUCACUGCCUUCCUCUCUGUGUUCAUCUGGGUGGUCUGGAUGACCAUGUACCUCUUCGGCAACUCAAGCAUGAAGCAGGGAGAUGCCUGGAGUGACCCCACCUUGGCCAUUACGCUGGCAGCCAGUGGCUGGGUUUUUGUCAUCUUCUACGCCAUUCCGGAGAUCCACUGCACCCUUCUCCCACCCCUGCAGGAGAACCCACCCAACUACUUCGACACUUCACAGCCCAGGAUGCGGGAGACGGCAUUUGAGGAGGACAUGCACCUGCCUCGGGCCUACAUGGAGAACAAGGCCUUCUCAAUGGAUGAACACAAUGCAGCUCGAUCAGCAGCAGGCUUUUCCAAUGGAAGCUUGGGGAAAAGAUCCGGUGGCAGCCUGGGAAAGAAACCCAGUGGCCUGGGAAGCCGGCCCAGCGCACCUUUCAGAAGCAAUGUGUAUCAGCCGACCGAGAUGGCUGUCGUACUCAAUGGCGGGACUAUCCCAACUGCUCCGCCAUCUCACACAGGAAGACACCACUGGUGAAAGACCUUAAGUUCCAGAGAAUAAGAAUCUCUCUUACCGAUUUUAUUCCCUGGCUGUGUCUUUCUUGAGGGUGAAGUCAAUAACCAUGGCUGAGACAGGCCACCUGGAAGCCAGGAAAUCUGGGGAUUUCGUGUAAAUGUGACAUACAGAUGAACUGGAAAGCUAACAGUGACCGCCCUCCCCUAUCCUGCCACACACACACACACAAACACGGAAUCGUCCUGCAAACUAAAUCAGAGCUAACUGCCAAUAGUCUUAGGCUCAUUCAGAGAAGCGUGGCUAGGAAACUGUUUCAUCCAUCGGGGGCAGGACAGAAAAGAAUUCACAGCUGGUGUGCCAGGCUGAUGUUGGCUUAUAUGAGGGGUUUGAGCCAGCCUGCCACCCCCUACCCGAGUGCUGGUCCCCUGGGAGGUCUUUUGGAGAUAACAGUGCCCUUGAGGUUAGCUCAUGGACCCUUCUCCCUGGCUUGCUUGCUUGGUGGCCUAUGCAGUUCAGGAGACUUUAGGAGGCUGUGGCUGUGAUUCCAAAGUAAGGCCCAACUGGACGAUCAGGGAGCUGUGUAGCCGGUGGGGUGGGGGGUGCACAGAACGUGCCAAAGAGGGGAAGGUACUCGAGACCUUGAAGCGACCAUCACAUUUAGACAGUGGUGAGCAACCACUGAUUCAUCUCCGGGCCUCUUGCUCUAGCAAGCAGCCCACCCACCCCCUCCCUUACAGAGUGAGAAGUCCCCUUUCCGCUCGCCGCACUCCACGCCGGUGCUGCUCCACGCCCCUUCCCCGAUUUCAUUCCCAUGUUCAUUUCAGAAGCUCAGCUAGGGCCACCAGCUUGAAGCUUCAGGGGAGUCAGGCUGAAAGGCAGGCACCCUAGCAGCCCUUUCACAGUGUCCUAUGGCUGAGCUCCCCAGGGGUUGAUCUCUAGGAUGGAGAGAUGGCAUCCUCAUGUCCAGCAGCCAGUGACUUCUGGUGUACUUUCCCUUGGUGUGGCUAGAAGUCCAGGAUAGAAUGAGUUCUGUGAAGGUCUCUUGCUGCUUUCAGAGGGUUUAGAGAACAUUUUAAUCUUGGUUUUCCGAUGGUUCUAUGAAAGUGGCCCUCUUCACAGCCGUCAUUUGUCAUGGCUUCCAUCUGUCCUGAGCAAGUCAUUCCGUUGUCGCUCGGCAUCUCCAGCAUCCCUGCCAUUAAAAGCCCUGUGUUCUCUGCACUGUUUGGCCAGGAUAAUCUCGAGCAGCCUUUCCACGCUGAGUGUGAACCUGACCAUAUGGACUGUACAAACAAGGGUAGGGCCUCUGCAUACACUCUAAUGGCUAUCUUGCUUUUUCUACAAAAACUACCCAUAAGCCUUUAACCUUUAAUGAAAGCAAAAUUUCAAAGGUUAGUAUUUGGGGGUGGGGGUGGGGACUGACCUCCUCUUAAGCCAGUACAUCUGAGCUGAGUGUUUUAAUAAAUCUGAUUUUUCUCAAGACCCCAGUCUCUGCUGUAUCCCCUCCCUGCCCUACCCUGUCUUUGCAGAGCCUUAGGGAGAUGAGGCCAGUCUGGCUAGUGCUUGGCUCUCCUGCAAGUUUUCCUUACAGUUAGUGCAUCACCAUGCAUGGGAACCAGAAAGCAUGGCACCCAAAGGUCUCCCCUUCCCCCCUUCUGGGAUGCCCCACCCCCAUUCAAGGCAUGUGCUUGCUUCCAGAGGAUUUGAAUCAGUCCUUUAUGUUUAAGGACCAUCAUGUGGUGGGCUGAGAACUUAGAAGCUUGAGGAGGGGUUGGAGGGAAAGAAAGCCAGGGCUGCGUGGGGCUGGAAGCUCUUGCAUGCACUAUCCAGCCUUCUGCAAAGAAAUCUCCGAGCACCUCGGGCCGGGCGGGCGACAAACAUCAGCGCUCCACAUUCUUGUGCCAGGAAGUGGCUGCCCACCCCCGCUCUCUGGAGUCCUUUGGAGCUUUCUGAUGUCACCAGUGACUUGGUCUGCAAAAUCCCCCCUUGCAGAAGGGAGAAGCUGACAUGAUUGGUGGUUUUCUCUCUAAGCUCUUUGUUGUCCGCGUAUAAGGUGAGCACCGUCCUGAUAGCUGUGCAGAAAGCAGCAUUUCUGCACUGCAAACACAGGGCCGUUCUGAGCCACAGGAGGCCUCACAUAGCGAGGUCUUUCAGUUUUGCUUUUUUUUUUUAAAUCUUUCCCACCCCAAUAGGUGAUUGCGCUUCUGGGCUUUGUUUUAUCUUGGCUAAUUUAAGGUUCAGGGUGGGCUGAAUGUUCUUAGACGGGAGGUGGAGGUUGGAGCAAAGGGAGAAGGGAGACGUCCGCUAUUCUUCUGAUGAGUUCAAGUUCACCUGAAGAGGACCACAAGGCAACUCCACCCAGAGACUGCAGCCAGCUUCCGACAGAACGAGGCUGAAGGACAGACUUCCAUGGCACCUGUAUAAGAGUGGGGAAUGGUCUAGAAAGUCAUCUGUGAAUAACCUCAAGCUGUAAGCACAACCUAGCAUGCCAGGGUAGUAACACCUUGUUGGGACUAUGACAGCUCCUCUGUCUCCUAAAGGAAAAUCCCACAGUGUUCUGGAGUCUGUUGCCAAGGUGGCGGGACAAUGGCAAAGGGGACAGGCUCCCAUGUGUCAGCUGUUUCCAAGGUCAAGAUCUGGUUGGUGUCCACCCCACCCCCACACAGAUGAGGUCAAGGCCAGCAAACAAGUGCAGACAGGGUGAGAGGGGUCGUCUUUUGAGUUUGUCAAAUUGAAAAGUAGAAGAGGACGCUGGUAUUUACACAUCCAAGGAUGUGGCAACCAUAUGAGCCCAUGAGAGCCCCUGGCAGGUGCUUUUUAUUCAUAAAGAGCUAUGGCUCAUUUUUUGAUAGAUAAUAUAUAUUUAUUAAAUGUAUUAAUGUGUAUUUUAUAAUGUACCCUCACUCUUCCCCCACCCUGGCUGACUUGCAUACUUAUGAACAAAAUUGUUUGGGAAAUUUCAAGACAAUCAGUAUGUACAUAUAAAUAUCACAGAUUGAAAAAGUUGUUAAGCAUGGGCAGAUAGGUUUUAUUUUCAAAAUGCUGUUCUUAACAAGAAAAUAAAGGCUUUACUAUUUACCUAA